CAAUUUCUUGCCCAUGCCGCACGCUCUCCGCUCGCCGGACCUGGUCCUCGCCAUCGUAGCCUACCAGGCGGGCUACAACCAGCAUACGAUGGCGAUCGUGCGCGCCUUGCGCGGCGUCUCUAUGCAGCAGACGCAGCGCCUGCCAAAGAUCCUCGGGCCCUUCCACGUGCGCUUCGCCGUCUGGCACCUGCGCUUUGGCGUGCGCGGCCUCGACCAACUCGUCACCGCCGGCUAUCACGAGCACCUUCUCUACUACGCGCUCACAUACAGCAACACGGCGCUCUUGGUGCACCUCGACCAUCGACUCUCGGACGCGCACUGGGCGGUGGCCGCGACAUACGCGCACCUCAGCGUCUUCCAGCACCUCUUUGCCACCGGAGAGGCCGCCAGCUGCCCAGCGCUCGUCAUGCGCACGGCGGCGAGCACUGGCAACAUGCCGCUGUUGCGCUUCCUUCACCAGCACGGCGCGCCCGUGGCCCACGACACCCUCAAGGCAGCCUGCAACGGCGGCCAUACCAAGGUGGCCGAGUACUGCCUUGCGCACGGCCUCGGUGUCUGGGACCGAUCGACGGUCGCGAUCGCGGUGCUCCACGGGCGCACGAAUGUGGUUCAGUUCCUGCAUCGCCACCGAUAUCCAGGGUUCUCGGCCGAGACGAUGGACCUCGCAGCAGCGUACGGCCGCCUGGACAUUGUGACGUUUCUGCACAAGAGCCGCCAAGAGGGCUGCACGGCGCGGGCGAUGAUCGAGGCGGCUGCGAACGGCCACGUCUAUGUGGUGCGCUUCCUCGACACGUUUCGGCGCGAAGGCAACGCGUUGGCGGCGCUCGCGGCGGCGCUGCGCCAUGGUCGCGUCCUCGUCGCCAAGUACUUCCUCUUUGAGCGCCGCGUCGGCUUGGACAAGGCCAAAGUGACGGCGCUCGCCAACCAAUGCCAUCACCCCGCACUGACGACGCUACUGGCAGCGUUGUAACUCAGAUAACGUAUAUAUACGUCAUCUUACAUUGCGACAGCAACA